UUCAAUUUUUGAGAUGGCAAAGAGUAUCUCUAUUUUUCAUUCGAUAUGCUUACUUCGUUUGAACAAUGAAUUAUGGAGAACUGAGGAACACUAAAAAUUGUAAUUUUCUUCAUACUUACGGAAAUUCAUUUAGUCUGGUCAGGACGAAUGAAAAUUUAGUACAAAUUUCAAUCUGCAUUAGUACAGGGUGCCUCAUCACUAUUAAAUACGAACAAACAAUAGCGGUUGGGAUAAGCAUUCUUUCAUGAGCAUAAAACGUCUCUUUAUAAAACAAUUCUGCAGACAGAAAUUCAUAACAUUGAAUAAAUGAAGACGAUUAAGUUUGUUAUAAUGACAGAAAGAAGAAAUCAAGUCUGUGAAUAAUUUUCAUUCGAAACUUUCAAUUCGCAAGAUUUUUUUUGCUAAUGCAACCAACCACCCCGUACUAAUCGGUUUAGGAAAAAAAUUAUGUAAAAGACAAUUGUUCCUAUUUGGACAUUCCCUGCGAAUUAUCGAUUCUGGGAACGCUCAAUUUAUCCGCGACAUGCCUACGGCUUGAAAUACUUAUUUCUUAAAUGGAGUUAUUAAUAUUUAUCGGUCAAGAACUCUUCAGGGUAUCGAGUCUUCAAAAGGCAGAAUAAUUUGUUAAUUGUCAUCAACUUUUUAUUGCGAUUUCUCGUCUAGACGUGGCACGCUUUAUCGCGACUCCACUCGUCAAUCUUCUGCAAGUGUAAAUAUUGAAAAUAUAAUUGUAUCGUUUGAAAAUAAAUCAUAAAUAAGUUCGAUUCUUUGGGCAAAAAUCGGGCGCAAUCACGAGAAAAACUCGAUCAAGUGUUUCAAUAGGAACCAACUAAUCGCGUUCAAGGCAAUGUUAUUUGCUGCAGUGUUUUAGCUUCAAUCAUAUUAAGUGGGAUCAAUUGAUUGAUUUAAGGUUGCUCCGUACAGUCUCAUUGGGUGUGAUCAUGUACUUAUACAAAACUCAAUAGCAAUCAGGGGACAUAUUCAUAAAUUUAUAUUCUUUUCAAUUAUCAUUUCGUAUUAGCGAAUAUUUAUUUAUUUUUAAAUUAUACUUUUUUUCAAUGUUUUAAAUACCAAUUUCGUGCAAAAAAUAUUUGUUUUUUUGUUGUUUUCAAAAAUUAUCUUAUAUAUUUACUAUUUAUUUGACUAAAAUGGCAUUUUUGGUAAAAUGGUAAAAUUCGUUUGGCUACAAAAUCUGCUCCCAGAUUUAUAAACAUUGAAGUAUGCUUUACGCUGCUCUUCAUUUGAAAAAAGCAUUCAAACUGACACUGUUUCGAAUUUAUUCACAUACUGAAACUCUUAGUCUCUAUAAAUUAAAAAAUCGUCCAAUUUCAGUUGGGGAACGAACUCAAAAUUUCUGGAAUGAAAUUUUAUAAAUAGUCUUGGGGGUUUUCAGGCUUGUACAUACUUAAUUCCACCACGAAAGCUUCUGAACUGAUCUACAUUUUAUCAACUUGUACGAUAAAAAUCAUUCUAUAAAAAAAUAUUCGUUUUUGAUCACCAAAUUUUCUCGGAUUAAAAUGAUACAAUUAUUAUAUGAUGUUUCGCUGUAUCUUAGUUUUGUGUAGAAAAUUCUAACAACUAAUGAAGAACCGUUUAUCAGUUCGUUUUUUUCCAUCACUAGAAGCUUUUGGUUUUAUGGUCUCAUGUGUCAUGAUAUGAUGACACUUGUCUAUUUCCUUAUCUCUACCUUUUCAAACGAGCAUCGAAUGACUAGAUAUUGAAUAAAUUCAAUGAAAUGUUUACCCUUGCAACAUUCAUCCUUAUCUCUGAUAAUUUUCAAUUGUGAAAAAGAACGGAAUUUAUUUCGAACGAGUAAUGGACAAAGAAAAGCAAAUUGUGAGAAGAACUUUUCUUACAACUUUAAGUUCAUUCCUCCGUAUGUUUUAAUAUUAAUCUACACGAAAACAACACCCAAAAAACGUAUGUUAAACAGUGUCGCACUAAAUUGAACGACAUGCAUGAUAUCUCAAAGAAUAUGCGCGCAUAUUAUUGCGGGAAAAAAGUUAAUUACAAAAUUACACAAUGCUCGUUUCACGGUGACUAAAAUAAAAUAAAAUCCCAAUCGCGCUUUCACUACGAGUUUGAAGUUUGGGCGUGAAUCUGUGAAUACGUGUGGUGGAGUCGGUGGAGUCCUCGUCGCGUGAUCGUUAAAAUUUUUUGUUAAUGAUCUUUCGCGUGAGCAUAAAAUACGUCAUUGAACUUAUAGGUUGAGUUGUGAAAAAUAAGUGACUGAAGAAAAGCGACGCGGGGACGAGAGGAUACGUCAUCAUGAAAGUAAGCAUUAGAACGUACGUGACGAAUGGACAAAAGUAUUUGUUGUCCUAUCCUUUCGUGGUCCAUUCAUUGGUUGUCGUCUUUGGAUUAUCUGCAUGGAUCGGUGUCAAUGGAAUCUUCGUACAGCUACCUUUGUUAGUACUUUCUGCGCCAGAGAAAUGGGACCUGGCAGCUUAUGUGGUGGUAAUAAUACAAGCAGCAAACAUAGGCCCGAUAGUUUACACAAUAGCGAAAAAAUGCUGUAAUCUGGUCAAUGAAGCAAUCUGUAUUUCUGUGUUACUAUUCAUGGGAACUUUGGCCAUGGGUUUUCUAGCAUUUUAUUACAACCAAACACUUCACAUAGGCAACUCGAGGUACAGUGUAGCUAUGUUCAUUUGUGUUUUCCUAACGGCUCUAGUUGGUUGCACUAGCUCCGUCCUAUUUAUGCCCUAUCUUCGUAACAGCAAUGAAAAAUAUUUAGUCUCUUAUUUCAUAGGAGAAGGUCUCAGCGGCGUUGUGCCCAGUGUAAUAGCACUAUUUCAAGGUGUUGGUGGCAAUGCUGAAUGUAGGGAUUACAAAAAUGGUACUGUGGUAGAAAUAACUGCAGAUCCUAGAUUUCCACCUAAGGAUUACUUCAUUAUUCUCUUUGUAAUUCUCCUCACAUCAUUCUGUACCUUUGGACUACUACGGUACCUCCCUUCUAUCAAAAAAGAAGUGACAAAACCUGUCGAUACUAAUGAACUUGAAAGGCAAGAAAAAAUAGAAGGCCAAUGCAAUUUUAGCAUGGAAUUUAAAGAUUCAAAUUUUCCUGACAAUGUAAGGAUAAAAUCAUCCUCAAUUGUACAGUCAUCCGGCUGUGUAGAUAAAGAAGAAAUGAAUCUGUGUCGUACAAUUUAUUUACACGUUCUUCUUAGUUUCAUUUGUUUUUUAGGCAAUGGCUUUUUGCCCGGUAUACAAACUUACUCUUGUUUACCAUACGGUAACGUAGCAUUCCAUUUGACAGUGACCUUAGCCAAUAUCGCCAAUCCUGUAGCUUGUCUAUUUUCACUAUUUUACGAUUCGGUCCAAAUGAAAAUCUUAGAUUUAUUGUCCGUUGUUGGGAUGCUAGCUACUGCUUAUGCUAUAUAUUCAGCAGCUGCCUCACCAACUCCACCCCUUCAAAAUUCAGUUAUAGGUGUUGCUAUCAUCGUCUCUGUUUGGAUCAUCUUAACUGGCAUUAUAUCUUAUUUGAAAUUAUCUAUAACUUCGAAAAUACGACAAAAACUUGGCCCAAAGGCACUCAUUGAUGCUGGAAUUGUCAUGCAAUCUGGUUCAGCCUGCGGUGCUGUUCUUUCUUUCGUACUCAUUAGUUUUACCACCUCCUUUCAACAACACAGAUCAUGUAUACUGCUGUGAUAUUUAAACUUUCAGUAUUUCGAGGGUGACUGCAGUGAAUUAUUUUUGGAUCUUGACACCAAGUUUUUGCUUUUGCAUCAGAAACUUUGUAAAGUUGUUUCAGUAUCUAAUCGUUCUAUCAAAAUCAAUAAUCGGUAUAAAUAUUCUCCAAGUAAUCUACGCCUUCUAAAACUUUUGAAGUUUGAACAAUGGAAAAAAAUAGUUCACUACAGCCUACUCUCAAUCCGCGAUUGCAAGCGGCAAUGUGCGAAUGAAUUUCAAGCGCAUACUGAGCAACGAAUUAUUUUAAUUUUGAGUAAUUGUUCAUAUUGAUCAUUGGGAGAACACAAGAAGCUUGACAGCCUAUCACUUGAAGACUUGAUUUAGCAUUGCAUUUCGAAAGUCCAGCUUUGUUGAGUCCAAUAAUCAAUAUCACUUGUCUGUUUUUUUAAAUUGUUUAAAAAGAAGUCGAAACUUUGAACGUUGAUCGUUCCCUGACUACGAAAAAAUAGCAUAAAUUAUUUUGUUAUCAAAAUUUUUCAAACAUCAUAGGUAGAAAAAAAUGAUAAAUUUAUUAUAACAAAGAAUGAAUAUACAUACAGCUUUAAAUUUGUAUACUUGAGGUGAAUACUGAAACAUUUUUCACUCAUUUCUGUCAGUAAAAUCGAAAAUAUGACGAUCUUCGUUUCAAUUGGGUUUAUGUGCAAUUUGAGUGUAUUGCGAAUGAUUGAAGAUAUUAAACAAAUAGUGUUGGACUCCUGUAUGUACAUUGCGAUGCUGAACUUACCGAAUGAAAAAUAAUUUAUUACAAAAAUUAUCAGUAGCAAUCACAAUUAUAAAUAUGACAAAUAAUGAAAAGAACAAUUUUAUAUAUAUCAAAAUGGUAGAAUAAAUAUGGGUUAACAAAUAAUUAGUGGGCCUUGUGGAAAAAAUGUAGCAACCGAUGAGGGUUUUAGUUUGAUAAGUAAUGCCUGUGAGGCGUGUAAAAUGUUGUUAUUGAGGAUAAUCGAAUUUGUAAUCGAUUUUUGCAAAUAAAAUUUAUUACAUUCGUUACAGAAAAAA